AGGAAGUAUGUUGGCUGUAGUUGUGCUCAGUAUGCCGUAUGAAAAACUAGGACAUUCUUCUGAUUUUUGAGAUAGGCCACAAUAGAUCAAUAAGGCAUAAUGAAGACGAUUGCUCGCGCGUUGUGCUCGUUUGACCUCUAUCCUCGGUUGAAAGAGGAAGUUGCAGAGGAUUUCCCGUCACCGAGUAAGACUCGUGCUAAGAGUAUGCGGCAUACAAUACAGCUUCUGGCGUCUCAGCUCUUGGUGAUGCUAUGUAUGGUAUUUGAAGUCAUGGAAUUUCUGACUCCCAGAACGACGCAGCGCUUCGUGGUGGAUCACAAUUAUGAAGGAGCAGAUCGCGGACAGUCUGGUCGUUCCACGCAACUUGCUGAUUGGAGGAACGAUAUGGCUGCAGGCAUGAUCACAACACGUCGACUAGCCUCUCAUCUUGAUCAGAUAAUUGCAUAUUUCGAGGUCCCGAGAUAUUCUCCUUCUUCUCCGCAAGUACUAGUUGUUGUACUUCUAGAUUGAUGUCAUUCGCCUAUCUUGGUUGCUAGUAAGUAGAGACGUACCGGUUACCACUCCUUCCUUUUUCAUUCGAAAAUGGACGAGCAGUGGAGGGAGCUUGGGAGAAGUCGUCGAAAAUAAUGUGGGCGCGAGUGUGGACGAUAACAAGAUGCGUGUGCGAUUUAAUAUCACUGUGGUCGAUGUCAGAUGCCUUGACGUUGCGUUGGACUACCAAAACGUAAUGGGGGUGCGUUCUGUGGACGUGAAGUCUGGCAUUCUCAAGGUCCGUCUGAACUCGAAAACGCUGCAGCCAGUUUCAGAUGCUCCCUUAUGACAUUCGACACUGCAUUCAGUUCAGACCUGGAGUUUUCUGUCUUUCCCAUAGGGAACAGAAAGGAGAACGUUCAGCUAACUGUAGCUAAGAAAAUACGACUUGCUCUGCAGCAACAGGUAAAGUUUUUAUAAUUUCCCUUUCAGUGAAAAUUUUUAUCAUGAUGAGUACAACGUAACCCACGAUAGUUAGGCUUAGGUGGAUGACGUUUCCUGGUAAAAGACACGUGUUCAAUCAUGCCAUAGCCGUUUAGUCACCAGGACUGCACGAAAGCAUUGCUCGAACCCUUUACUUGUUUUCCUUCCGAACGAUGGUAUAGAGGUUAUGGCGAUGAGAGAUGUAUCCCGGAGAAGCUCCAGGUGAUGUGUUUGAAACAGAGAAUACACAGACCUGGGAUCUAUCUCCGGAUACAAGCCUUCCUCUUCCAACUAUGACGUAAUGGACCCAGACUAUCCUGGUAUCCAUCAUAGACGCGAAAACUCGACAUCGUGUGGAUCUUGUUAUGGCGCACUCCCUGCUACCGAGUGCUGUGAUUUAUGAACACAUGAGAAGUAAUUUUCCUUUCCUUGUUCUCAUCGUUCGCGAUGAAAGACUACUACAAUCAAUAGUUGUUGUAGCAGCACAGUUUAUCUUUAUAUCUUUUGAAAUGGGUUUAGAUACCUAGAAUGUUGUCUGUAGAUUACGCUGCAAUACCUAGAGCAAUUCUUGUAACUAGUAGCCGCUUGUUGCUUAGCUCGAUUUGUUCAUUUUUUACGUGCGAGGAUGUGCUCCAUGCGUAUCGAUUGAAGCGGUGGGCACUACCCCGCAUUGAACAACUUGAGCAGUGCCGUGGGCAAAACACCGAGGAAGCGAAGAAACGCUACUCCCCCAGUGUCAGCAUGGCCACUGCGAGUAAUGCGCCUCCUGAGGAUGCCGCGGCAAGAGGUGGAGAGCCGAGCGAUAAGUUUCCUGGUGGCUUCGUGAAGAUUCCCUUGCAGCACCGAACGCCUUCGCUGAGUGUGCAGAACAAAUUCAACUUUGACCCAAUACCUUGGGACCUGCGGCAGACGCUAGCAUCGGCCUCAAAUCUGGCCAACAAAGACCGCACCUGGCAGUUGAGCGCGCAGAAGGGCUGGCCUGAAUGCAUUCGCAAGAAUGUCAUGCUCGGGAGUGGUAGUGGUGUUUCUGCUGGCAUGAUCGGGCUUCCGUCAAUGUCGGAUGUGUUCGACAAAUCUAGUACAACGACCUCUACUUCAACCCUCUCAGGAAGCGUUGCAGCAACUUCUACGGAGAAAAAUGGCGAGAAAACGAAUGUCCCAUCAACGACUGAUGGCGGCAGUUCCAGUGACAAUCCCUUGGCAGGCUCAAGCGGGCCUGAAGGCGUUCGCCAGAGAAAAGUGAGGAUAGAUUUGAGGCCACUAGAGGAGACGAUCAGAGAAAUAUCGGAGCGCAAGCGUCGUGAGGAAGGAGAUGCCCCAAAAUUCCCAAAUUGGGUCAUCACGAAAACUACGCAAGGGCAACCACUAGAAGCCACGAUUACAGAAAGCACGACUGCUUCGACCACCCCCGCGCCACAUUACGGCUUGCAUUUCUUGCACACAGCAUAGAUACUUCUGUUUUUUCAUGAUAAAGAAAAGUUGAACUAUUUUUGACCUCAUUCGGAGCAAAUCGCGGUUUCUUGGACGAGACUCACGCUCCCAGAAGUCCUUUACACGUGAGAAAGCUUCACGGGGCUGCACUCGCUAGCUCUAACCAGAAGACGUCCUUCGGGGCUGCUCGGAUGGCGACAAGUGCGAAGCUACAGACCGAUUAGAGACGCCCUACGAAGCUGUUUGUGCAGAGGUCUGUCGGAGGGUGGACGCUUGCAAAUACUGUUAUGUCCAAAGUAGACUUUUUCUGAGACUGAUACUGAAACAAAUGGAAUCAAAAAAGAUAUUUUCAUUCAACAUGCUUAAAACAAGUCCUCUAGCAGAUGUGCAUUGAUCUAAUGGUGGUCGCAUGGCAGCAUAAAAUUUCGAGGUUCGCAGAAGUGUUACUUCUUGAGUUCCCGCGUAGACGAGUCAUGGCACUUCGGCUUUCGAAGUGGUGCUCAAGAUUGCGCACCAGGAAAGGAAAGCGCGAACAAAAAGGAGAAGCCAAAAGAGAAAACUGACACAACUAAUGGAAAAAAGACUGUUGAGGAGAUGUCAACUACUGGAAGUGAAGCGAAAGUUGUUGACAAUGACAGCAAGAGGGAGACAGUCAAAGAUAGAAAAAGUGAGCAACAGGAGCAAAAUGCAGAGCAGAAGGCUUCAGGGAAGAAAGAAGCAGACACUUCGAGCACUGGUGAGAAAAAUUUAGAGGCAGACGAAGAAAGCGCACCGAAACGACGAAUGCAGUUAGUAUUUGGCGAUUCCGACGACGCCUUUUUCGGAUUCGAGGACGAGGUGUCUAGAAUAGAGCGUAACGCGCAAGCAGGGGAGUCGUGUCGCAUCUUUGGGCAUUUUGUGACAGGCAAGGUUCCGGGCAACUUCCACCUGAGCUUCAAGAAACGAAAAUGCUACGCCCACAUAGUCCACCAACUAGACUUCGUCGAAGUCGGCAGCAGCCUUGAGGUGUCGCAAAAGAGUAAUGUAGUUAUGGCUGUUCGACAUGAAGAUAGUAAGAAAGCUACUAGAGGUCGUAGCGACUCGGAAAAUUUGAUCUCUACUAUGAUGACAACUACGAUAUUUCAACAUUUAGCGACAUUUUGCACUUGUCUCUAAGAAAGAUACAUCCUCAGCGUCGCGGACGAAGAUUGAGAGUCUUGUGCCCGGCCAUCGUUCGUCCGUCGCGGGCCAAUCCCUACUGUCAAUGGGUGAAGAGAGGCAGAAAGAGUUGCGCGCAAAUCGACGUCGUCGCAACCGCGAGAGGAACAGGCGCAUCCGCAACCGUGUAGAUGCUGUUCAGCAGAUGCGAGGGCUAGCCAAAAAAGGCGACAACGGCGCCGAGAAGAGCGAACGGAAUGGAAGAAUCACUUAUGUGAGAAUUUCUUUGAAGUAGUGGUCUCAGAUGAACCUUUUUAUCGAGAGCUGUGAUUGUGAAAGAAGGGAACGGAAAAGUGCACAGCCAAUAGUUCUUCACUUCGGCCGAUUGCUUUAAUGUUACCGACUCCUCGAGGAAGAAGAGCGGGAUUUAUUCGGAAGCGUCACUCCAUUGAGCGACGCAUUCGCUUCUUCAGCAUCAGUAUCAGCCAGUGGAUUGGAUUCUCCGUCCAUUUUCGCACCACCAAGUUCGCGCAGGCGGAGUGAGGAGAAGGAGCAGCACUCCUGGUCACCGCUCGAUGGAUCUGUCAUGCUAAAUGUGGGAAGCGCCACAGCGUCACAGUACUACGUGACGGUCACUCCAAACACAGAGGUCGGUUCCUCUUCCAAGAAGCGUGGAUUUCAGUACCAGUCGACCGGAUUUCAGACACACGGUGCGUUCGAUUCUGGAGUCUAUUUUCGCUACGAAAUCGACCCCAUCCGUGUCAUUUACUCUCAACAAGAGCAAACAGUCGCGAAGUUUCUCAUACAUUUAUGCGCGAUCGUGGGCGGCAUUGUCGGCACCAUACAGUUUCUCUUCUUCCCGAAGAUACGCGUGUGAAGGAGACGAGGAGAAACGCACAGAAAGUGAAACUACUACCACUUUCUUUGGAAUGGAAUCAUAACAGUCUUCUAGAGUAGAUUCAAGAAUUUGACAUGAAAGAUUUGCGGAAGAGCAGCGCUGUGCUUCUGGAUGAAAUCUUGCUACACCUCGUAUACUAUGCUAACGUCUGAGUGACAUUCGCAGGUGUCAGCAGUAUACGCAUUAUCGUGGGAGAACAGUAAAGGCGCAACGAACGGAUCGGGAUGUGCUAGCUUGUUUUCACAAAUCUAAUGAUUACAAUCUGCGCUGAAAAGUUGUUGCAGGAGCUUCGUGUUGCC